GCCCGGGCGGGAGGCGGCGCUGCUGCUGCUGCGAGCGGGGGCGGCCGCCGCCGAGCUUGGCUCGGCUUCCCUCCCAGGGACCUUCCGCUCGGAAUGUGAGGCAAGGGGGAGCUGGGCGGCUCCAGGCUGCAAGAGGGGCGGCGGUCGCCUCGGGCUUCCCAGCGCGGGGACGGGCGCGCGAACCCCGCCGCGCUCCCAGCCCCUCGGGGAAGGGCGGGCGGCCCCUUGGGCGGCGCCUCCUCCCCUCCGUCGCUUCCUCCCGAGUCGACACGCUUCUCGCCCGCCAUGAAGAAGUUUUCUCGGAUGCCCAAGUCUGACGGCACCGGCGGUGGCAACGGCGGCAUCGGCGGCGCGGCAUCGGCGGCGGCGGGCGGCGCGGGCUCCCUGGCGGUGGGCAGCAGCAGGGUCUUCGCCGUGGGGCGCUUCCAGGUCACGGUGGAGGAGGUGCUGGCGGAAGGUGGCUUUUCCACAGUACUCCUGGUGCGUACUCAUGGUGGAGUCCGGUGUGCAUUGAAAAGAAUGUAUGUAAACAAUUUGCCUGACCUCAAUAUCUGCAAAAGGGAAAUAACAAUAAUGAAAGAACUGUCUGGGCACAAGAACAUUGUAGGGUAUUUGGAUUGUGCUGUCAACUCCGUUAGUGAUAAUGUGUGGGAGGUGCUCAUCUUAAUGGAAUACUGCCGUGCGGGGCAAAUAGUGAAUCAGAUGAACCAGAGAUUACAGACGGGCUUUACUGAAUCAGAAGUGCUGAGGAUUUUUUGUGAUGCCUGUGAAGCGGUUGCUAGGCUGCAUCAAUGCAAAACUCCCAUUGUUCAUAGAGAUUUGAAGGUUGAAAACCUUUUAUUGAACGACAGUGGGAACUAUGUCCUUUGUGACUUCGGCAGUGCCACUAAUAAAUUCCUUAAUCCUCAGAAAGAUGGAGUCAGCGGAGUUGAGGAAGAAAUUAAAAAGUAUACCACAUUGUCAUAUAGAGCUCCUGAAAUGAUCAAUCUUUAUGGAGGGAAACCAAUUACAACCAAGGCAGAUAUCUGGGCACUUGGAUGCUUGCUGUAUAAACUUUGUUUUUUCACACUUCCCUUUGGUGAGAGUCAGGUUGCUAUUUGUGAUGGAAGCUUUACCAUCCCAGACCAUUCACGUUACUCUCACAGUAUGCAUUGCUUGAUGAGAUACAUGCUUGAACCAGAUCAAGAGCGAAGACCUGAUAUCUUUCAAGUAUCUUAUUUUGCCUUUAAACUUGCCAAAAAGGACUGUCCGAUAUUAAACAUGAAUAAUUCUCCUCUCCCUUCAACUCUUCCUGAGCCCUUGACAGCUAGUGAGGCUGCUGCUAAGAAAAGCCAAAUAAAAGCUAGAAUAACAGAUGCCAUUGGACCAACAGAGACCUCAAUAGCACCACGUCAGAGACCAAAGGCCAAUACAAGCACUGCUGCUUCUAGUGUGCUUGCAAUUCAGAGCUCAGCCACACCAGUAAAAGUGCCAGUUCCUGGUGAUUUUAACAAUGAACACAAAGGCGCCUCAAAGGUUGGAAAUGGUCAAGAGAGUGUAUUAUCACCGGGAACCCCACAGCAAAACAGAGUAUUGCAACAACUACAGCAAGGUGACUGGAGGCUGCAGCAGUUGCAUCAUUUACAUCAGCAACAGCAGCAGCAGCAACAGCAACAAUUGCUCCACGAUUCAUACCUGCAGCAGUAUCAGCAAGCCAUGCAGCAGCAUGUCGUUCAACAGCAGCUUUUGAUACGCUCUGUGUACCAGCAGCAACCAUCCCCUUCUCCGUAUCCUGCUAUGAUGCAGCAGUACCAACAAGCUCUUCUACAGCAACAGGUCCUUGGGAAUCAGUUGCCACCACCGAAACGUUCUCCUGAAUUUCUUGCCUCUCCUCAGGAGUUUUCACCAGCCUUAAUCUCUCAUUCUAAAUCCUUUCCAGCUCAUGUUGGUGCAGCUCUGGAUGUUCCUUAUUCUACAAAUAGAUCAUCUUCCUCUGACACAGAGUCUGUUUCCAGCUACCCAAAACAAAACAUCAGCAAUCCCCCCGAUAUGUCUGGGUGGAACCCAUUUGGAGAAGACAAUUUCUCCAACCUAACAGAGGAGGAGCUGUUGGACAGGGAGUUUGACCUUCUGAGAUCAAAUAGGCUCGUGGAGCGGAGAACUUCCUUAGAUAAACAGGUGGAGUCACAUUCUGCUCCACCGACCCAUCCUCCAGAAGAUCCCUUUGGUUCUGUACCUUUCAUUUCUCGUGCAGGCUCUCCAGGAAAUGAAAUUAAUAACACAGCCAGCAAAGUAGAAAACACGUUAGAGAGUCUUUCUAAGUAUGAAAGGUCAAGCCAGGUGGUUAAGGACCAGGAUGCUGGAAAGAAGGUCACAGAAGCACAUAUUAAAAAAGGAAAUGAUGAAUCGGAGAGUGAUUUUGAAUCAGAUCCCCCUUCUCCAAAGAGUAGUGAGGAAGAGGAAGAGCAAGAGGAUGAAGAGGUCUUGCAAGGUGAGUCUGGAGACUUUGUUGAUGACAAUGAUACGGAACCAGAAAACUUAGGCCAGCACCCGCUUCUCAUGGAUUCUGAAGAAGAUGUAGAAGAUGAUGACAAACAAAGUUCUGACUCGGAUUCUAGCCAUUUUAGGCCUGUAGAAGAGGUACCUUGCAAUAGAUACGAAGAAGGGACUGGCAGCAUAGAAGGUAGAGAGAUUAUUGUACCCUGCCCUUCAGCGACUGAGUUCCCCGGUGCAGGCUCCAGUUUGAGCCCCAAACAAGAAUUUGAUGUCUUUGGAGCAGUUCCGUUCUUUGUUUUGCCGCCUCAAGAACAAAAAGACAUUUCUCCCCAGGUUGCCCAUCCUGAGCAAGAUCAGGAUGACUUUGACGUCUUUACCAAAGCCCCAUUCAGCAGAAGAAUAUCUCAGCAAGACGAUUUGAUGUCAGGCUCUGAAACUCAGACUUCUCCCAUAUCCCCCAAAAGCGUGGAUGUUUUUGGCUGCAUCCCGUUCCAGCCGGUUUCCAUCCAAAGGCAUAAUGAGAGUAAAGAGGAUCUGUUUGGGCUCAUCCCGUUUGAGGAGAUAGCAGGGAGCCAGCAGCAGCAGAAAGUGAAGCAGCAGCAACGGAAUCUGCAGAAACUCUCUUCUCGUCAGAGGCGCAUGAAGCAGGAAGGGUCCAAGAGCAACGGCAAGCGCCAUCACGGAACACCCACAAACGCAAAGAAGACUUUGAAGCCUAGUUAUCGUACACCAGAGAGAGCCCGGAGGCACAAAAAAGCGGGCCGUCGAGACUCCCAAAGCAGCAAUGAGUUUCUGACAAUUUUCGAUUCCAAGGAAAACAUCAGUAUUGCCCUGUCAGAUAGCAAGGACAGAGUCAAUCCUCUGCAGGCUGAGGAGAAUCUCCUGGAUCCCUUUGGAGCCAAGCCUUUCCAUCCUGCCGAAUUGUUGCGUCUCCCCCAGCACCAAGGACUGGGUGAUAAUCGUGGGGAUCAUAACGCAGCAGUGCCUGGUAGACCUAGACAGAGUUCGUUACUUGGUGGCAUUCAUGCUGGUGACGUUGUAAAAUUAACAGAUGAUUUUGGAGCAGUUCCUUUCACUGAACUUGUGCCAAGUGUGAUGUCUCAACCGAGCCAGCAGCAACAGGCAGUAGAGUUAGAUCCAUUUGGAGCAGCUCCCUUUCCUUCCAAACAGUAGACUCUUUCAGGAACAUCGGGAUUUUUUUUAAAACUUGGAUUUAAUAUACCACUGUAAUCCAUUUGCUUCGGUUGAGAAGAAAAUGUGUUGUUUUUUUUAAAGUACAACGUGCUUAUUCCCUGCUGUGACUUGAUGAGAUUUUAAAAUCUGCAACGUUAAAGAUGCAAGAUUGAGAUAAUGAAAUGGCUGGAAGUUUUGAAUUGAGAGAAGAUUUCCAAAAGUUAGAUCAGAAGCUAGCUAUCACUGAGGAUAUUGGCUAUGACGACAUUGCUCAGAACUGUAUCCUAAGUAGAGUGCAAUUACACUUGAGCACAGAGAUGGAAGGAUUUGACUGGGUGUACCAUAACUGACUAAUGAAAUAGGAUCUAUCAGUUAAAAAAAAAGCCCGGUUUAUCUAGAACUGCUUCAUUUUACUUGUUCUAAAGGGUUUUUUUUAAAAAAAACUUUCCUCUUAAAUCUCUGAAAAUCAGAGUUUGCUGUCUUGAUACUGGUUCCUAAACUUAUAUGAAGAAACCCAAAUCUUUCUAUAUGUGUCUGCCUGAACUGUGCUUUUUCACAGUAAGUGCCAUUAAUAUAAAACAGGGAAAGUUGUAAUUCUUAGGAUUUCAAGAACUUAGCGGGGAUGUUGGAAGCGGGAAUGGAAUGAGGAAGCAGCAGCACUAACAGCUUCUGCAGCACUUUGAAGAUUGCCAUUUCGGAAGAGAGCUUGGUUUACUUGCAUACCAUACCAACAUAUAUCAUUUUUGAGAAGAUGGGGGAAAACAGCCAGAAAAUUGUAGCAAAUCAAACCUAUAAAGAGUUUAAUCAGAGUUUUCACCCCACGCCUGCUCACUUUACUGGGGUUUUGUAUUUCAUCUAAACUAUAUAACCUGAAAGGUUUUUAAUCCUCUAAAGUGGUUCUCACCUAAUUUUUGAACGCUUUCUGUAUCACAUGAUUGUACUUUUCUAAGACUUUGUACAAAAUACACUGAGCGGUUUCCAACAAAAGGAGGUUUAGAAUUGAAGGCUUAAAAAUGAUGCUGAUUGGAAUCUCUUACCAUUACUGCAUAGUAAAACCAGCAAUGCCUUACAGCUAGGACCACGUCCUGAUAAAAAUUUACCUCUGAGCCAAUUGGUGCCCUUGAGACACAGAUUGUAAAAUUUGGAGCACUGAGGUGGGUAGACGGUACAUUUUUGAACUUUCAAUCCAGGCAAAGGUAUUCCUAAUGUCUUCAUUGGCUUUUGAUCAUUUUAGAUCAGGUAGGUUUGUUCAAAAUAGCAAUUUGAUGUCCUGCAGGAUCAUUGGUUCCUACACUUUCAGUUAAAUGUUUUUGUGAAAAUGGAUGUCUGUGAAAAGGACCUAGUAAACAGUUUUGUCACAAAGAAUUGCCAGGAUCCAGAGAACAUGGCAGUAUGUUUUUGGUGUACAUGUGUGUGUGUGAAUGAGAAAUGCUAAACGUACAACAGAAACUGAUGCUUGCUCCCAUGACAUACAGCAAACCAUUUUUAAAAGUGAAAAGUUUCAGAAGAUGUUUCUGUCAUUAAGUGAAUGCAGGCUUGACAUCUUUGGAUCCUUGCAUUCACAUUUAUGUGAAUUUGAACUGUAGAAGCUACAUGACCUUAACUAUGAAUAUGUCUGGGUACCAUUUACAUAGUUUGAAUAUCAUCUUGAAAAAAUGAAAAUUCCAGUGGGGUGGGGGGAUUGAAUGAAUAUUCUUAAAAGAUACCAAGUGGUGGUUUUUGCCAUCCAGCUGCUGUAUUAAAACAGAAGAAAAUAGAAUGACUUUUGGAUAAUUUGCAAACAUAAUGAAUUUGAAAAGAUAAAGGAUCAAGGCCCUUAAAACAUAUUUCAAAGUUGGUUUUUGAAAAAAAAAUAGGUGUUUUUAGUCAUUUUUAAAAGAUAUAAUUUCAAGUUCUUGCUAUUUGUGCUUCUAGAUGUGCAGCCCAUCUUUCUCUAUGAUAUGACACCCAAAGCCCAAAACAGAUGUCUAUCUUGUUACACUAAUUAUUUUGUAAAGUUCAUAGCUAAAAAUCAGCUGUGCAUGUGCCUCAGAAUGCCUGCUCCUUUAUUCUUGUGCCAAAGCCUCAGACAUAAUACGAGUGUUGAAAAAUAACAUGCUUUCCAAAGGCCACUUCAGCCAUGUCAGAUUUCCUAGCAAGAAGGGUAAUAAGUAGUCCAGAAUGAAGUCAUUAAGGGUCUAAUUAAAUGUACUAUAUUUGGCUUUCAUGUUGGAAGGCUUUCUGUGUAGGAAAUAUGUCAGUGUGAGUUGGAGUUCCCGAGUGAAUGGAGAUCUGAUUUUAAUUCUGGUCUCCAUGUGAUAACCUCUUUUUAUUUGAAAAGAUGUAUGUGCUUCAGGUGGUACAAAAGGAAUGCAGUAGUUUUGAUUCCUCACCCCAAAGUUGUCAUGUUGCCACUCACUAAAAUUAAAGGGACAAAAAGUAAAUCACAGCUAAUAUGCCUAAUUAGUUUGAUAAUGUAUUUUUCUGCCUCAGAAUAUCUGCAUGAUUACAUCUGACAUCUGAUUUUUUAUAUCUCAAUUAAAACCCUUUUCAUCAGAAAAUCCUGAUGAAAUCAGAUUGCUGUAAGUUGUUUCCAGUAAGCAGUUAAGAUGAUAUAUGCCAUCAGAAACAUCUAAUAUUUAGAAUAAUCAGGUCGCUCCUGAUUUUCUGCCUUCGGGAUCCUAAAUUGUGGCUUCCGUUUGCCAGAAGGAUAUCCUUUGUACCCAGUUAUUGAUUGAUAGUUCUAUUCUGUACAUUUGUGUGGACACAUGAACUUACACUGUAUGGAUAUAUGAAUUACUUUACUUAAUGACCAAAAAUGGCAUCAAUCUAUUUAGUGGUGGGAAGGACUGAAAUAGCACAACUUCAUGAUUUGCAUCUGUUUAUGUAUAUCUCAGAUAACUCUCCCCAAAACUGCUCUGUGUUAGAAAAUGUGUAAGGUUGUUCUGGCCAUCAUCUCUGGCUGCUAAGACAGAUUUUCCAUUGGAGAAUCUUGGGGUACACCUGCAUGGCUCCAGAUAUGUAAUUAGUAAAUAUGGAUGAACAGAUGAAAUGAAAGAUGUACAGAGCUUUGCAGGAUUGAGGCCGAGAAUAACAUUUUGUAGUUUGUGGCCAUUCAUAGUAUCGCCAACAUUUUUUGCUUUUGAAUCAGAUCUUUCAUCGUGCUUUCUGCACUUUUGAUCAGUCAGACUUUUUAAAGAAUUUCAUUUUCUAGAUAAUUGUAAAUGAGAAUUGUACACUUACUUUCUUGUGUCUUUGGUGGCUGAACUGGGUGAGGUAUUUGCAGUUCCCACAAAGCUGAUUUCUACUUAAUUGCUUUGCAAGAGCUGCGGAAAGUAAGUUUAAUAAUUCAGUUCUGUGCUUCACCGAGAAAGAUGUUUAUUUUCUUUGGGGGAUGGAAUAUCCUUGCUUGUUUGAUGGAUGUAUUUAUCCAUAUAUCUGAAGUUCACUCUGUUUUGGUCUUUCCUGUAAUAGUAAGAAGAUUGAGAGGUGUUGAUUCAAAACUGGAGAUGGUUAUCCAGUUUUCAUUUUCAUGAAAUGAUUAGACUUUCUUGUUACUGUAUAGGGGAAUCUGAGCCUACCUUUACUAAUCAGCUGUGUACUUCAUCUUGGGGGCUAUAUAACUCUUGACACGAUAAUUUACUGGUAAAAUUAUGGUACUGUUUAUAUUUAAUUUGAAAACAUAAUUUCUAUCUGUGAUGUCGAAGACAGAAAUCAAGGUGCUCCUGGGGAAAUAUCACUUACCCCCUUAUGAUGACUGCAUUUGUUACCUAAAUGUAUUCACAAGGUACAAUGUUUGAGCUUCGUAGCUGAGAUUGAAUCUCCUGCCACAAAUCUUGUAGAUUCAAAUAUCAAUUUGGGGCUACAUCCCUGGUGUAUUCUGCCCAGAUACACUCUUCGAAGAUGAUCCUGCAAAGAGUGAAAUUCAGUAGCAAGCACCCUUCUUGUGGUAGGGCUGUCCAGAACUCCUCUGUUUUCUCCUAACUAUAAGAAAAAUCUACUGUGAGAAUAAAAGGAGAUAGCUACUACUGUGAGAAUAGCAAUUAGUGUUUAUCAGAAUAUUUUUUUACACAAUAAUGUAUUUUUAUAGAGAGAUGUAUAUAAAGCAUACACACGCACACAUCACAUAAUCUCUUGGGAGUCUGUGAUUGAAUCACAAUCAUUUUCAUGGCACUGGAAAAACAAAUGGAGCCAAAAGCUGCUAAAAGAGUAACAAGAAAAUACAAAACAGUGUCUGCCUGGUUAUUUUUCUAGAGCGCUUCUUUGAAAACAAUAUAGCAAUCCUUUGCCAAGAUUAGUUUCUGCGAUAAAAACAUCACUUAAGAAUAAAACAACGUUACAUUCUAAUUGCUGGCAAACAGCGUCAAGUGCACUUUUCAAAAUUACACUUCCAUUUCUUGUUAGACUUGAAAUUUCUAAAGCGUUGUGCGUGUGUAUGUGUGCAUGUAUGUGUAUGGGUAAUCACUAAUACAGACCUUUUUGUGCAAAUAUGUACAUAAAACUUUUGGUUGUUAAUAAGCCAGAUACCAUGUUUCUGUAACACCAACCACUGUGUGAAUUUGCAACGGAGGCUGGGAUGUUACAAGUAAGACUUGUCAUUCCGGUAUGAAGGUUUUCCUAUGUAUAAGAUCUCAUUUACAUCUCCUUUAACUUAAUCUUGUUCCAUCCAAUGCCAGUUGUUAUAAUAAAGUCUUAUUGUACCUUUUUCA